AUGGAUGAAGCCGAAAUUUAUGGUCCGGGCUUGGAACGUGGUCGGUCACACAACCUUUAUGUGGUCAGCAGUCCAAGCAAAGAUCACCUCAUCAAACAAGGUCCAGUCAAUGUCACAGCAACCAUCGGAGAUGAUGUUGAAUUAAUAUGUCUUGUAUUUCAACGUGUCAGCUCGAAAUACUGGUUGAAAGAUGGUUCAUUCGUACCUUUCGGUGCGGCUAGAACGCAACGAGUUGGUUCAAACAGUUUGAAAAUAUUUAAAGUGGAGAAAAAGGACGAAGGAUGGUACACUUGUGUAGUUGUUGGUGAAGAAUCGGAGAAAAGUGAACAACAAGCCUAUCUUCGGGUAAAUUUCCCCACAACGACGCUUCUGUUUGGCACUACAACAGAGUCCUACGUGGUGGAAAACGUGAGACCGGUGACCCUUUAUCCUAGAGCCACCAAGACCAUCUCGAUCGAAGAUCACACUCUUACGAAAUAG